GGAGGCGGAGGAGGCGGCGGUGGCGAUGGAGGUGAAGCGGCUGAAAGUGACCGAGCUGCGGUCUGAGCUGCAGCGGCGGGGCCUGGACUCGCGCGGCCUCAAGGUGGAUCUGGCGCAGCGGCUGCAGGAGGCGCUGGACGCCGAGAUGCUCGAGGACGAGGCCGGCGGUGGCGGGGCCGGGCCCGGCGGGGCCUGCAAGGCGGAGCCUCGGCCUGUGGCCGCGUCGGGCGGUGGCCCGGGCGGGGACGAGGAGGAGGACGAAGAAGAGGAGGAGGAGGACGAGGAGGCGCUGCUUGAGGACGAGGACGAAGAGCCACCUCCUGCCCAGGCCUCGGGCCAGGCCGCGCAGCCGCCGCCGGAGCCCCCGGAGGCGGCAGCCAUGGAGGCCGCGGCCGAGCCCGAUGCUUCCGAGAAGCCGGCAGAGGAGGCCACGGCCGGGUCAGGUGGGGUAAAUGGUGGCGAAGAGCAGGGCACCGGCAAGGGGGAGGAAGACGAGCCGGAGGAGCGGAGCGGGGACGAGACACCAGGAUCCGAAGCUCCGGGUGACAAGGCCGCAGAGGAACAGGGAGAUGACCAAGAUAGUGAAAAGUCAAAACCAGCAGGCUCAGAUGGUGAGCGGCGGGGGGUAAAGAGACAGCGGGAUGAGAAGGAUGAACAUGGCCGAGCUUACUAUGAAUUCCGAGAGGAGGCUUACCACAGCCGCUCAAAGUCUCCACCACCCCCUGAAGAAGAGGCAAAAGAUGAGGAGGAGGAUCAAACUCUUGUGAACCUGGACACGUAUACCUCGGAUCUCCAUUUUCAAGUGAGCAAAGACCGCUAUGGAGGGCAGCCGCUUUUCUCAGAGAAGUUCCCCACCCUUUGGUCUGGGGCAAGGAGUACUUAUGGUGUGACAAAGGGGAAAGUCUGCUUUGAGGCCAAGGUAACCCAGAAUCUCCCAAUGAAAGAAGGCUGCACAGAGGUUUCUCUGCUUCGAGUUGGAUGGUCUGUUGAUUUUUCCCGUCCACAGCUUGGUGAGGAUGAAUUCUCUUAUGGUUUCGAUGGACGAGGACUCAAGGCAGAGAAUGGGCAAUUUGAGGAAUUUGGCCAGAGUUUUGGGGAGAAUGACGUCAUUGGCUGCUUUGCUAAUUUUGAGGCUGAAGAAGUAGAACUUUCCUUUUCCAAGAAUGGAGAAGACCUAGGUGUGGCAUUCCGGAUCAACAAGGAAUCCCUGGCAGAACGGGCCCUCCUACCCCAUGUCCUCUGCAAAAAUUGUGUUGUAGAAUUAAACUUUGGUCAGAAGGAGGAGCCCUUCUUCCCACCACCGGAAGAGUUUGUGUUCAUCCAUGCUGUGCCUGUCGAGGAGCGUGUGCGCACUGCAGUCCCUCCCAAGACAAUAGAUCAGUGUGAGGUGAUUCUGAUGGUUGGACUGCCUGGAUCUGGAAAGACCCAGUGGGCACUAAAAUACGCAAAAGAAAACCCUGAGAAAAGAUACAAUGUCCUGGGAGCUGAGACUGUGAUCAGUCAAAUGAGGAUGAAGGGGCUUGAGGAGCCAGAGAUGGACCCCAAAAGCAGAGACCUUUUAGUUCAGCAAGCCUCCCAGUGCCUUAGUAAGCUGGUCCAGAUUGCUUCCCGGACAAAGAGGAACUUCAUUCUUGAUCAGUGUAACGUGUACAACUCUGGCCAACGGCGGAAGCUGUUGCUGUUCAAGACUUUCUGUCGAAAAGUGGUGGUGGUUGUUCCUAAUGAGGAAGAUUGGAAGAAGAGGCUGGAGUUGAGGAAGGAAGUGGAGGGAGAUGAUGUGCCUGAGUCUAUAAUGCUGGAGAUGAAAGCCAACUUCUCUCUGCCUGAAAAAUGCGACUAUAUGGAUGAGGUGACCUACGGGGAGCUGGAGAAGGAGGAAGCUCAGCCCAUUGUCACUAAGUACAAGGAGGAGGCAAGGAAGCUGCUGCCCCCCUCCGAGAAGCGGACAAACCGCCGAAACAACCGAAACAAGCGCAACCGGCAGAACCGAAGCCGAGGCCAAGGCUAUGUGGGCGGGCAGCGCCGAGGCUACGACAACCGGGCCUACGGGCAGCAGUACUGGGGGCAGUCUGGAAACAGAGGGGGUUACCGUAAUUUCUACGAUCGAUACAGGGGAGACUAUGAUCGAUUCUACGGGCGGGAUUAUGAGUACAACAGAUACAGAGACUAUUACAGACAGUACAAUCGGGAUUGGCAGAAUUACUACUACCACCCCCAGGACAGAGACCGAUACUACAGGAACUACUACGGUUACCAAGGGUAUCGGUGAAGCCCCUGUCAUGCUCGCCUGUCAGCCAUGAAGCUGAAUCUCUAGGGGUGCCAGGCACCCCCCCAAAACACAACCAAGGAAAACAGGGGCUGUUCGGGUGGGGCUGAGCUGCCGGGGAGGGGCGGUGGGGGGGAGGGUGCGCAAGCAGGGGCAGGGGAGGGGGGAGGUGGAAACGACAAAACUGUACAUUUUUUUUAAAAGUUUGUUGAAAAGAAUAUUGUCUUAUUCUAUAAAACAUUUCAAACCUAGUUAGAUAUUUGUAAUCAAAAAACAUUUGUGCAGAAAGCGGCACUUAGGGCUGCCUGUCCUGUAUCCUGCGGUUGGACAGGAAAAGAACUAAAAAUGUCACCCUUCUGACAUUCUAAGGCAGCUGGACUGGCAGCCAAGGAAGGGAGAGCGGAGGAGGUGGUGCGGAGAGGGCGGGGACGCCCAUGAGGGCGCUCUCCCCGGAGCAGGCAGGAGUGGGGACAGAGGGAGCACUUGUGACCGGGGCAGUGAAAAUAAACGAUUGGCUCUUCUCAAUCACUUGCACCAACUAACCGUUUGUAUUUUCUUUACUGACCUUUCCCUCUUGGGAUAUCCGGUCUGGUGGGCUGGGAGGCCAAAGCGUCCCUGUCUCCCCUUUCCCGUGCCUUGUGCUGUUUGGCUGAGGCUUGGAAGACCACCCGUCGGGCGGCUCCGUUCUGGAGGCUUCCCAGGCCAAGGAGGCACGGGGACCGUUCGUGAUUGCAGGGCAGAAUAGCCGGCGCUCUCCAUGUACCCGUUAAUGAGUUUCCAUAGACUCCUGGGGGAGAAGGGCAUCGAAGCCCUCAGCCUGAAGAUUGUGACUUGCCAGUCUCUACUCUGUCUUCCAAACUUGAGACAGGCGGGAAGUCCCUGAAAUCAUCUCUGUUAGAGCAUCUGUCCUCUUAUAGUGCAAGAGAAGGAGCGUUUCUCAGGGUUUCAGCUCACACAGAAACGAAGCAGGAUUCUUUUCACUGCAGCAGGAGAUGUAUAUAGGUGAAUCCUGUGGUGUGGGCUACCAGGCCCAGGUGCUGAGAAUAGCAACUAUUUUAUACAGUGUGGAGGGCAUGAGCCCUACUGGUUUUUUUGAUACACAGGUAGAGAGUGAAUAGGAAAGGGGAGGGAGGGGGGCGGGGCGGGGGGGGGGGAGGCAGCUCGGAGUGGGGCUGCUGAACUUGGGGAAGAGCGAGAAUGUGAGUGCGUGUAAUGUGUGCAUGAGAGGGAGCGCCCCCUCCCAGCAUCUUGAAACAGGAUUUGUCUGGGGGUGCUGUCCCUGCAUGUCCCCACAGAGGCCUCUCGCCGAGAGACUUCUAUUGGGAUAGUGUUUGUUUGUAACUUUACCAACCCCCUCCCAGUUCUUGAUGAACAGCUUCGGGUUGCUGGGCUCGAGAAUAUGGGUGGGACAUGAGAAUGCUCUUUCGACAUUCAGCUUCAGUUUUCAUUCAUCUUCCUGCUCAGCAUUCUGUCAGCCUAGAACUUACUCUGCACACACCAUGUAUUGCAGCACUUGCUAGUGAGGGAAGACCCAGGGUAGCGUUGUGUUACUUACCAGACGAUGUGUCCAUUUCCUCCCCUGGGCAGUUCUCUGCCGAAAAUUCUGUGCUGAGAUUUGACCUUUCCCUCCCUCCACUGAUACCUCCAUGCAGCCCUUCCCUAGGCAGGCAGGCCCACAUCUGGUCCUCUGGUCACCCCCUGCCCGAUACACCCUUCUGCCCUACAAGUACCUCUGACCCUGAGGCUGGAAGAGGGGUGCUGGCACGAAGGAAGUUUGCUUGCUCCUAACAAUGUCCUUUCUCUUGGCGCCUGCUUCCUUGUGGUGCCAUCAUGGAUCUGUGUGAGGCAGUGAGUGAAGUGAUUGCCUGAACCUUUCUGUAACCCGCUCACUUUUUAUCGUUAAGGGAGUUUGAGAGAGCUUUGCUCGUAGUGUCAAGGCAAGGAGGCAAAAACUGGAGCCCAAAGAAAUUCCCUUAGGGCCAGAUUAUAUCACAACAGUAAGUUGAAUUUUGAGGCAGAAGUUGCCAUCCCUUUUCAAAUGUUCAGUCCUCCAGCGAAUAGUAUCUUUUUAGAGUCACAUGGUUUGGGGGUGCUAGGCCCUCAGGGCCGGGGUGGGGGGCAAAGAGCUUAAGCCGAUUGGGGGGGUUGGGGGAGUCAGGGGAAGGUACUUGCUGUUAAUUUUUGACACCAGAAAGUCACCUUUAAAAAAAAAAAAACAAAAACGCUGUUUUUCUGAUGGAUGGAGAGUGAAACUGCCACAUCCUUGUUGGUUUAGCCCAAGAGAUCCCUUGCAGCAACUGUAGAUGUCUGGGUUUUGUUUCUGUCUUUUUAUUGUGAAAAAAAAAAAAAAAAAAAUGUUACGGGGAAAAUGUGGAUUUACCAAGAGGGAUCCCUAGCCUUGUUUUCCUUAGAAGACUUGUUUAGUGUUUUAUCAGACGUCUUUUGUAGUUGUUGUAGAUGGAAAUGCUUGUGAGAAAAACAAACACCACAUGGAGCCUGUAAAUGUUUUUGCACAACCUGUAAAGCAUUCUUGGAAGUGGCCAGUAAAAAAGGGUUUUACCGUUUAAAAAAAAAUGUAACUGUGUCAUUGUUUACAUCUGUAACUUUUUCCUCCCCUGUUCUCAUUACAUCCUGGCAAAAAUGUAGGCACCGUAGCUUCCAGUUUUAGAAUAAAUAACCAUUUGGAUUGAA